UUCAUUGGUGCACAAUGACCGGUUAUUUCCAUUCGGCUUCCGGUAAGGCCCGGUAAAUUUUUUUAUCAAGCAUGGCUGCAAUAGGGGUUCACUUUGGAUACACAUGUGCUUGUGUAGCGAUAUUUAAGGAUGGCAGGGCUGACGUAGUUGCAAAUGAUGCUGGGGACAGAGUUACCCCCGCCGUGGUGGCGUACAGGGAUAAGGAACAGAUCGUGGGAAUAGCUGCCAAACAGGGAAGAAUAAGGAAUGCUGCAAAUACUGUUGUAAAAGUUAAGCAGAUACUGGGCAGAAGUUUUGAUGACCCUGAGGCAGAAGCUCACAGAAAAGACAGCAAAUGUCCAGUGGUGAAUAAAAGUGGUCUGCCCAAGUAUGAAAUUGACACAGGAGAGACAACAAAGUUUGUGUCACCUGACGAAGUCGCCAAGUUACUCUUCCAGAAAAUAAAAGAGACGGCUCAGUCUGCCCUUGGGUCUGAUGUUGCCGAUGCCGUCAUCACCGUGCCUUUUGAGUUUGGAGAGAAUCAGAAGAAUGCUCUAAGACGGGCUGCCGAGGACGCUGGCUUUAACGUGCUCCGGUUGAUCCAUGAGCCCUCUGCGGCUGUGCUGGCCUACGGCAUCGGUCAGGACUCCCCCUCCGGCAAAAGCCACGUGCUGGUGUACAAGCUGGGCGGGACGUCUCUGAGCGUGACUGCGCUGGAGGUGAACAGCGGCAUGUACCGGGUGCUGGCCACUCACACUGACCACAGCACCGGCGGAGAGAGCUUCACACAGGCACUGGCCCAGUUCCUCGCUGGCGAGUGCAAGAAGACUUUUAAGCAGGACGUGAGCAGUAAUGCCAGGGCAAUGAUGAAGCUGAUGAACAGUGCUGAUGUUGCCAAACACAUCCUCUCCACCCUGGGCAGUGCCAACUGCUUCGUGGAUUCUCUCUGCGAUGGCAUGGACUUUGAAUGCAAUGUGUCAAGGGCACGAUUUGAGCUCAUAUGCUCGUCUCUCUUCAAUAAGAGCAUCCAGCCAAUCAAAAGCCUCCUAGAGCAAGUCGGCCUCUCCACAAGUGAUGUCAGCAAGGUGGUGCUGUCCGGCGGCUCGGCGAAGAUCCCCCGGCUGCAGCAGAUGAUCCAGGACCUGUUCCCGGACGUGGAGAUGCUGAGCUCCAUCUCCCCAGACGAGGUGAUCCCCAUGGGGGCCGCGCUGCAGGCCGGCAUCCUGGUGGGCCGGGACAGUGUGCCCAUGGGGGAGGACACCAUCACCGUCGACUCCUGUGCCAAAGACAUCCUGGUCAAGGAGGUGGAUGAGUCUGGAGAGGAGGUGUUUAAGGUGCUCUUCCCCUCUGGGACCCCCCUGCCCGCCCGCAGACAGCACACACUCCAGGGCCCCGGCAACCUGACCUCUGUGUGUCUGGAGCUCUACCAGGCCCAGCAAUGUCUCGCUAAGAUUGUUUUGCGAGAUCUGGAACCCAAGGAGGAGAACCACGACAUUGUCACAGAAGUCACAAUGAAAAGGGACGGCUCGUUACACGUCACCUGUACGGAGCAGCUCAGUGGACGAUCUGAGGCUGUUACCAUAGCAGCUGCUGCGGCUGCAUCAUAAAUUAGAUGACGAGCAUCUGGUCUCCAUGGAGAUAUGCUACCCUAUAACAAACCCCAACGAAAGUCCAUCUGAUUACUGUAAUCCAAGAGUACAACAACUGGAUUAACUGGCAUCUUAAUCCCAGUAUUUAGGUCUUUUUUUCAAUAAAUUGUGUAUAUAUGAUGAAAAGAAA